UUCCUACUUUUGUUUAUUUGUAAAGUGGAAAGUGUGGUGAGAAAGCUUCCCCGUUUACUCAGGCCAUGCCCUUAAACUCUUAUCAGUGGGAAGUUGCACAACAGAACAACAACAGAAUCUACAAGAAGGGGAGAUGGUCUCAGUUGGGACAGACAUCUGAUGGCUGAUUGGAUGUGAUACAUUUGUAGGACUAGCCGUGGGAGAUUGACAAUGGGAGGCACUCUGGCAAGCCAAAGAACCUUGGAGGAUUUCAGUCAAACACGUACUAAUGAAGACCUUCCACCAAGAGUGGAUGAGAAUGACAUGGCAUUAGUGUUGGAUAACUACCCUCCUCCUGAUAUCUGCGAGCCCAUAUUUCGAAUGGGAGAUUGGCUGAAAAUAGUCUCAGAAGAAGGUUACUGGUGGAAGGUCUACUCAGUUAACACUAAGGAAGUGAACUAUAUACCGCACUGUCAUGCCACAAAAGUCUACCAUGGCUGGCUGUUUGAAACUGUGACCAGACCAAAAGCUGAGGAACUCCUUCAACUCCCAGGAAACCGAGUGGGGUCGUUCUUGAUCAGAGAGAGCACAAAAGGUUCGUACUCCUUAUCUGUGCGCCACAGAACUAUUAAGCAUUAUCAAAUUGUUAGAAUGCCAAACAACUGGUAUUACAUCUCCCCACGUCUCACAUUUCAAUGUCUGGAAGAUCUGGUCAACCACUACUCUGAUAUAGCAGACGGACUGUGCUGUGUUUUAACUGGCCCAUGCUUGAUCAGCUGUGAAACAGCUCUGAGUGAGCUCACGAAAACACCAGAAGAGAGAAAAUUAUCUUUUGACUGGAGAGCAGUGAACAGCUCGGAGCUCGUCCAACAGAGCACAAGCCCUUCAGCGGUCAGUUAUGGGGUUCAGAACAGUGUCUCUUCGUACCUGUCUUUGCUGGGACAACAAGAGAAACCAGCGAAAAAUAAGUUUAGUUUGAAGAAGAGAUGGAAGUCUGUCUACAUGAUGCAAAACCACCAGCUUGACAGUUUGGCCACUGUGGAAGACAACUAUGAGGAGGUGCCUUUAUAGACCACAUCUGAUUCAUUCCUGGAGCUCAAAAGCUGAUUGAGGGGUGGGGGAGCAUAAAGUAUCAUUAUAUGUGGAUGAUUUAUUAUUAUAUAUUUCCAACCCAUCUAAAUCUAUUCCUGCAAUAAUUUCCACUUUAAAGAAAUGUCAGGGUAUAAACUUAAUAUGGUGAAAAGUUAAAUUAACAAUUUAGCUGAUCAACAAUCUUUUGAAACACUGCCCUUUAAAACAAAA